AUGAGAAAAUUCAGUACAGUUACGGUUGAGGGAGAUUUAUGGUCGGUUCAAUUUGAAAGAAGACAAAGUGCCUCUGUUGAACCACCACAACAACAAGAAUCAGUUUCAACAACCACUUCACCUUCAAUUUCACCACAAUCUUCAAUUGACUCACAACAACCAAUUGAAACAUUAAUGACAGCUAAUUAUCCGCCAAAGAAUAAGUAUCGUAUCAUUUCAGCAGUUAUGUUUAAUUUUUGUGCUGGUUUUAGUGAUGCUGCUCCUGGUGCUUUAUUACCAUAUAUUGAAAAAUCAUAUAACGUAAACUACGCACAAGCUUCAUGUAUUUGGAUCAGUAAUGCUGUUGGAUUUAUAUCAGUUGCUUCAUUAUCACAUAAAAUCCAACAUUGGUUAGGUAAAAGAUACAUUUAUCCAUUUGGAAAUUUAUUAAGUUGCGUAAUGUAUGGUAUUGUAAGUAGUGGUACAUAUUUCCCAUUCAUUGUAAUUGGUUUUUUUUUUGGUGGUUUGGGAUUAGCUAUUUGUUCAGCUCAAUGUAAUGUAUUUUUAAGUAGAUUAGAUAAACAAUCUGCAUAUUUAUCUGUUUAUCAUGGUGCUUAUGGACUUGGAGCUACUAUAUCCCCAUUGAUUGCAACUAGUAUGGUCACAAAAGGUAUAAAAUGGAACUAUUUUUAUUUCAUAGCUUUAGGUUUCAUGUUUGCAACUGGUGUUUCAUUUUAUUUUUCAUUUGAAAAUGCAGAUGACGACUUGAAACCAUGGUAUGAUCAUCCAGAAGUAAUAAUUGAAAUGGAUUCAAUGAAUUCAAAUAGAAACCAAGCACAAGUGUCUUCCUCACAAAAAUCAAUUAUGAUAUUGGCGUUACAAAAUCAUAUCACCUGGUUAAUUUCAUUUUUUUGUUUAUUUUACCAAGGAUCCGAAGUUGCUGUUUCUGGUUGGAUAACUACAUUUAUGUUAGAAUAUAGAAAUGCAGAUAGGAAAUUAUCGGGUUAUUUUCUGAGUUUUUUUUGGAUUGGUUUAACAUUAGGAAGAUUAUUAUUAACAACUCCAAUUCAUAGAUUUAUUGGAUGUAGAAGAGGAGUAUUUAUAAUUUCGAUUUUAUCGAUUAUAUUAAUUGGACUAACAUGGGCUAUCAAAAAUACAACAAUUGAAGCUAUUACUGUAUCAUUAGCUGGUUUAUUCAUUGGUCCAAACUUUCCAUUAUUAGUUACAUUUUCAGCAUCUCGAGGUUUAUUACCGAGAAAAAUACAAUUGGUUUCGUUGACUAUAAUGACAGCUUAUGGUAGUUCUGGUGGAGCUUUACAACCAUUUAUAGUUUGGUGUUUUACUGCAAAAAUUGGGUACAUUUGUCGUAUUACCUGUUUUUUUGAUUACUUAUUCAAUUAUGGUUAUAUUAUGGAUGUUAUUACCAAAUAUAGAAAAGCAGAAUAA